GUUGUUAUAAAUCCGCCGCUGUGUCCGUGUCUUAUUUUUGAUAAAUUAAUAAUAUCAGUUAAAUUGAUUUGGUAAAAUUAAAUUGUUUUGAUAGAAGUCGGAGACUGUUGUUUUGGACUUUGGGGGGGACUUCUCUCUUCUGUCAAAUCUAGUUCUAUGUGCGGCUGCCCCGUUGCCAUGGUGAAGAAUCCUGGUACAAGUGUUGAUACCUUAGCGUCAUCAGUCUGCGUGAACAAAAUCCUCAACUGAUAAACAAGACGAUAUAUAAUAAAGCUUCAGAUGUGUGAGGGACCUUCAUCAAUAUCUGGGCCAAUCCCCCCAGAUCCUUCUCUGUUUCCUCAGUACUACACACGACCUGCUUCGGCACGUGGCCGUUUAGAGGGAAACCAUGAUGGGACUAUGGCCCUGCUCUCAGGGCCACUCGCUCCAGAUCCUGUGUUGUACCCUGGCUGCUACAGUGCUCGUACUGCACCACAUCGUCCCCGUAUCAGUCCUAAUGCCACCCAUAUUCUGGAACGAGGACAGAGAGGGGUAGUGGGAGAACUACUCAAACUAGAAGGUGUCUCUAUCACCCCUGUUCCCAAACAGAAACAGCGGGUACAUGACUUUGGUAAAGAGAAUGUGCGUCGGCUCAGGGAGAUCCAGAGACGCUGCAAAGAGCAUGAGGCUGAGAGAGCACAGUCUCGUCCGGUUCCAGUCAAAGCUCUUUGGACCUCCUCCAAAUAUGAGAACGUCCCAUCCAGGGUGAUGGUCCAGCUACAGGUUUCUAGUCCAACUAUUAAACCACAGUGCCAAACAUUUCUGAAGGCCCACUCUACUGCCCCACCAAGACCACGCUCCAAAACCUCUAGUGUAGCUUUGCAACGCCCUGCCUCCUGCAACUCCAUACAGGACCAGAACUUGCAAUUACAGGUGCAAGGCCAGACAAUAGACUUCAUAAAACAUAAUGCCCGGUCUGCAGGAAAAACUGUGAUGCGUCGGUCCCAGUCACUGACAAACCUUAGAGAUAAGCCUGUCCCCAGUGCAGUCAAGGGACAGGUGCCUCAGUAUCUUGAGGAAAGGAAGGAGCAGUGGCAUAAAGAGGAGGAGGAGAGGAGGAGGAACGCACCUGAUCCUACAGCCCCAGCUGGUCACACCCUGAUGCCUGAGAGUGAGAGACAGGAGACACUGAAGUCCCUCAAAGAGACCCAUCGCUCACUGGUGACUGAGCUGCUGUCUCUCCCUCUCAAAGCUGACAAUCUGAGUGUUCGUUCACGUCGGGCUCAUCUUGAUUGUAGGCUUUCCGAAAUCGAGGAGGCCAUUAAAAUAUUCUCCAGGGACAAAGUUUAUGUAAAAAUAGAUUCCUAACACAUGAGGAGGAUGAGGAGGAGAGGGAAGGAAGAGGAGAUGUUCCUGUAAAUUCACUGCUUUAUCGAGAUUCAUUUUCAUUUUGUAGUUGCAUAAUGUAACAAAACACGGAACCUUGUACAAUAGAUGAUCAUUUUAUUGUGAGGAAAGUAUUUUUCCUUUUACUAAAUUUAAAAUUAUAUAUCAUAAACUGAGUGAUUAUUACAUAAGAUCAACCAUUGAGGUUAGUUAUUAUCAGUUUAAAAAAGAACAAUAUUCAUGCUACUAAAUAAUAUGCAGGUUUCUCUUGGAAGAAAAAAUAAACAAUGUGUUUUGUCUUUGUAUAAAA